CACAAACCAUCUCAUCCUCGUUAUCCAUAUAAAAACCCAUAUCCACACUCCCUUCUUGUCUUGCUCUCUCUCGCUUGAAGAACUCAAGAAAAUGGCAGUGAAGAUUCGUUUAGCUAGACUGGGAUGCAAAAACAGGGCAUUUUACAGAAUCGUUGCUGCUGAUAGCCAUACACCAAGAGAUGGCAAGCACCUUCAAGUUCUUGGUUUCUAUGACCCCUUAGCAGCUAAAGGCGAUGCUAGAAGAUUGGGUCUUAAUGUUGACCUUGUGAAGUAUUGGUUAUCGGUCGGUGCUCAACCUACAGACACUGUACGUGGCAUUCUUAUGAGAGCUGGUUUAAUAUCCCCACCACCAAUGGUUGUGAUGGGACAGAAAAAGGGACCAUCUGGUGAUACCUCAAACCCAGAGAAGAUGAUCACCCAGUAAAAGUUGCCAUUUCUGUAGUUUUAUAUUUCUGUUCUGUUUUGUACCUGUAAGCUUGAUCCAGCACUGAAUGGUUUGAAAGCUAAAAUUCCCUUUUCAGGUUGUUGAAUGGACUUGAGUUUAAUAUUUGCUUUUAUUU